AUGACUCACAAUUUCAAACCUGGAGACCUCAUCUUCGCCAAGAUGAAAGGUUAUCCUCAUUGGCCAGCUCGAGUACAUGAAGUUCCAGAUGGAGCUGUAAAACUACCCACAAACAAACUACCCAUUUUCUUUUCUGGAACUCAUGAAACUGCUUUUUCAGGCCCAAAGGACAUAUUUCCUUACUCAGAAAAUAAGGAAAAGUAUGGCAAACCAAAUAAACAAAAAGGCUUUAAUGAAGGUUUAUGGGAGAUAGAUAACAAUCCAAAAGUGAAAUUUUCAAGUCAACAGGCAUCAACUAAACAAUCAAAUGCAUCAUAUGAUGUUGAAGUUGAGGAGAAAGAAACAAGUAUUUCAAAGGAAGAUACUGACCAUGAAGAAAAAGCCAGCAAUGAGGAUUUGACUAAAUCAAGUGACAUAACCACUCCAAAAGCUGCCAGAAGUGGAAGAAAGAGAAAGGCAGAAAAACAAGUAGAAACCAAGGAGGCAGGAGUAGUGACGACAGCAACAGCAUCUGUUAACCUAAAAAUGAGUCCGAAAAGAGGACGACCUGCAGCUGCAGAAGUCAAGAUUCCCAAACCGAGAGGCAGACCCAAAAUGGUAAAACAGUCCUUCCCUUCAGAGAGUGACACGGUAACUGAAGAAGACAAAAGUAAGAAAAAGGGGCAAGAGGAAAAACAGCCUAAAAAGCAGCUUAAAAAGGAUGAAGAAGGCCAGAAGGAAGAAGAUAAACCAAGAAAAGAGCCAGACAAAAAAAAGGCAAAGAAAGAAGUUGAAUCAAAAAGGAAAAAUUUGGGAGAGGCG